AUGUCUCAAGUUCCGGCCGGGCAGCGCAUACCUCUGGAGUUACUCCUUCUUUGUGCUGAGUCGAUGGACAAUCAAACACUUGUUCGGUUUACCACUACCUGCAAGAGGUUCAGGGUGGGUCUUGAAUAUGUUGUGAGACAGCGAGCUAAUGCCUACGCAAUUCCACGAAAGAGUGCGACCUGGUUUAGCGAAGUUGUUGCUAACGUCCUCUCGGAUCCGUCUCGGAAGUCUCACUCAGACCGCGAGUUAGUAGAAAUAGACUUUGCGUCCGAUCUUCAAGCAGCUCUGUACAGUGGCAAGGAAGAAUUUUAUGGAGUACGGCUUCCAAGGCAGCGCUUUCGCGAUGCCAUCAUUAACGGCCAGUACACCAUCGUCGAGAGAUUUCUGAACGCAGGUGUCGAUCCCAAUGGGCUAGAUUUUAGGGAGAUCCCGAUGUUACAUCUUGCAAUUAUGACUGGGAACCCGGCCAUGGUCAGUCUGCUACUGCAACAUGGGGCGGACCCCAACAUAGAGAACAUAUUGAAAAGUAAAGCACUGGAUUUCCGCUUUCACCAAAGGGUAGAAGCUGAGAUUUCCCGCAUACUUAUACACGCCGGCGCCGUACCCACCAAUCUGACCGAGUUCAGCGACCGAAUGCUUUCGGUUGACGAUGGGGCUCACCUCUUAUUGGGGGCUGUGGAAAACGCGGUAGGCACCGCCGAGCCUUGGUGGUGGUGGAAUGUCCUAUCGGACGCCAUCGUAUGGAACUGUGAACAAUUUCUUCAUGACAUUUUGAACGCUAAACCAGAUCUGCUGCGGUUCUCGUCCAUGCAGUCUGUUGAUCCUCAGCAUUAUUCUCUCUUUGAGCUAGCCCUGAAGUUUCGCCACUGGAAUAUUGCGAUUCUACUCGUCCGUAAAGGGUGUCCAUUGCAAAAGGAGCCUGCGGAAUACGCAUUUUGCAACAGUAACAAGCCCCAUGUUCUAUACAAAGAGCUCCGGCAAGCGUUGCUCAGCCCCUGUCAAGGGCUUCUCGAAGCCCUGCUAGACCGGCCCGAGGUGCGAGAGUACGAAUUACAAGAGGAUGUCAUCCUUGGACAGUGGUUUCGCCCUUCGAUAUGGGCUUGCAUGAAUGACUCUGCUUUCGAUGAAGCGCUAGGUAUUUGA